AUGGUUUCAGCGAAAAAGCAGAAGAAGAAUGUCGAAAAUAUCAAUCAAAGAUUAGCUUUGGUUAUGAAGAGUGGUAAGACUUCUCUUGGAUAUAAAUCAACGUUGAAGAGUAUUCGCCAAGGGAAAGCUAAAUUAGUCCUUAUUGCGAAUAAUACUCAGCCUAUUCGGAAAAGCGAGAUUGAAUACUACGCUAUGUUGGCAAGGACUGGUGUACAUCAUUAUGGUGGAGACAACAAUGAACUUGGUACCGCUUGUGGAAAGUACUUUAGAGUUAGUACGAUGAGUAUUACCGAUCCCGGCGACUCUGACAUUAUCCGAUCAGUACCGACCGCUGAGCAAGAAAAGAAAUAAUUCAAGUUACUUAAGUUUUGUAUUGUAUGAUAUAUAACGUUGUAUCUCCGGUUGCGAUGUAAUAAAUAUGCAUUGAAUUGGGCAU